UUGUUUUACUUAAGAAAAUUAUAGGUUAUUGGAUCUGUCAAGUAUUAGUUCCAUUUAUCAUUUGUGAAAUGUGGAAACACAUUAGCUUGUUUUUAGGGCUAAUCUGCUUUGGAUUAUUGGACAGUGUCUUGGCAAAUGAUGACCCUAACAUGUCAAGUGGGAGUGCAUACUUGGAACCAUGGAUUGUAGGAAUAAUUGCCGUCUGCUGCUUUCUUGUACUGACAUUUCUGUUUGUUUUGUUCACCCACUAUUUCUGCGAUAAAUUCUAUGACAAAGACGAAGAUUAUCCUGAUGAAGAUCUGGAAGAUUUUGGACCAAGUGCAGUGAUAUCCCACACCGCAGAAAGAGUACAGAACGUCUACGAUAACCAAACCUUUAAUCCACAAGAGGAGCAACUGACCGAACUUUAAAAAUCUUUUAACCAAAAUCCUAACUCUUCCAUUAUAAAAUACCAUCACAAAACUAAACAACUCACUUUGAAUUUAAAGCUUGAUACUGUUCCAGUUGCUAAUUAUUUGUGAAUAGUAGACCAAUUACUGCAGCUUCCAAUUAAUCAAACAACUAAUAUCAGUAAAAUUGUAUUUAAUAAAAAUCGCUAAAAUCUUC